CACUGACCCGGACAGCCCUCCAACAUCGCUAAAACUCCAAGUCGUAUUGCUGCACAAAAGUCAAUCUCUAGUUGUCUUCACCGAGGAUCAAGUUGGCGGACUUUUCAAAAAUCCGUUUUUGUGCCCGCGGGCCUGCUGGCUUCAGUCACCUUUCUCAUCGAGUGCACCUCGCUCGAGUUACCCCUUUCACACCCCCAGCCAGGAGUCGUCUGUCGCAUACCACACCAGCAGCAGCAACAGCAGCGACAAUGAAGACGCGAAUUCUCAAAGUGCCACUCACCAGCAACAACGAGGCUGCUUUCGGCCGGUGGGCUACCUUGCCAGAUGGCACCCUCGAUCUCAGCAGAUGGGAGGUCCCCUCAUCAACAACAACAACAUCAUCAUCAUCAACAACACAAGAUGACGACGUGCUCUCCCCUCUGCGUGAAGCAGCCCACCUCCUACGCACAACAUCUACUCCCGUCGCCUUCCCCACCGAAACCGUUUACGGCCUCGGCGCCGACGCCACCCGCUCCGACGCCGUCCGGGGCAUCUACGCGGCCAAGGGCCGGCCCUCAGACAACCCGCUGAUCGUGCACAUCAGUGAUUUGAGCAUGCUCCGCCGUCUGCUGCAGCCAAUUCAAACCCAGUCCGAGUCCGAGUCCGAAAGCAAAGCUCAAGCAGAUUCAGACCCCAUCCCUGUCAUCUACCACCCGCUCAUAACCCGCUUCUGGCCGGGGCCGUUGACAAUCCUCCUUCCCCUUCCCUCAAACCCCACCUCAUCCACACCCCCCUCACCAUCACCAUCAUCAGCACCAGUACCAGCACCAGUACUAGCACCCGAAGUAUCCGCCGGCCAACCGACCUUCGGCGCCCGCCUCCCGGCCUCCCCGCUCGCACGCACACUAAUCUCCCUAGUCGGCAACCCACUCGCAGCGCCGUCAGCCAACGCCAGCACGCGGCCCAGCCCAACCUGUGCGCAGCACGUGGCUGACGAUCUCGCGGGCCGCAUCGAGCUGGUCCUGGACGGCGGGGUGUGCGAUGUCGGUGUGGAAAGCACUGUUGUUGACGGCCUGUGUGAUCCGCCUGUGGUUUUGAGGCCGGGCGGGGUGGGGGUUGAGGAGUUGAGAAGUUGUCCCGGGUGGGAACAUGUGAGGAGGGGGUAUGGGGGUGGUGGUGAGAGUGAGGGUGGGGGGGAAAAGGGGCCGAGGGCGCCGGGGAUGAAGUAUAAGCAUUAUAGUCCUAGGGCUAGGGUUGUUUUAUUUGAGGUUGGUGGUGGUGGUGCAGCAGGGUGGUUGGAUCAGGAGACGGUGGAGGGGAUUUUGGGUGCUGUUAAGACGGUGGGUGUUAUUCGAACCGGGAAGUGGCCCUUCGCUGGCGGGUUGAGGACUGCUCGCGUGGAGCAGGUAGGUCCGGGGAAGGUUGUCAAUGGCGAGGAAGACAUAGGGUUUGUGGUCCGGGAGAGCUCGCUUCUCGGCACGGAUGGGAACCCCACAGGAGCGAGGGUUCUGGAUGUUGAUCUGGGAGGAGAUAUCAAGGGAGUAGCGCACGGCCUGUUUGCCGCCCUACGGGAGCUGGACAGGCUGGGAGCGGACGUCAUCCUGGUUGAAGGGGUGAGCGACGGGGAUGAUAUUGCCGCCGCGGUCAUGAACAGGCUUAGGAAGGCGGCGUCGGAUAUUAGAGCUUAG